CCUCCGCCCCCACCACCACUCGCCACCCCCGCCCCGCCCCCAAAACCCUACGCCCCCCCCGCAAACCCUAGCCGCCGCCGCCGCCAGCAAUGGCCGGCCUCCUGCGGCUCGCCGGCCGAUCCCUCUCCCGCCGCGCGCUCCCGCCCGCCCCGGCCCACCGGGGGCUCGCGGCCUCGGCGGCGGCCCUGGCGGACGACUACUGGUCCGACUGGGAGGACGAGGAGGAGGAGGCGCGCCGCGCGCGGGCCUCGGCGCCCGUCGCGGGGACCGACCCCGCCGGCGGGGCGCCCCGGGGCGUGCAGUGGGUGGUGAUGGGCCGCCCGGGCCCGCAGAAGCACGCCCACGCCGCGCGCCUCGCGGAGGUCCUCGCCGUGCCCUACAUCUCCAUGGGGACGCUCGUCAGGCAGGAGCUCUGCCCCGCCUCGCAGCUCUACAGGAAGAUAGCAAAUUCGGUAAAUGAAGGGAGGCUUGUGCCCGAGGACAUCAUAUUUGGAUUGCUGACGAAGCGGCUUGAGGAGGGAUACAACAAGGGUGAAACUGGAUUCAUUCUUGAUGGGAUACCACGCACCCGUAUGCAAGCUGAGAUUCUUGAUGAGAUUGUGGACAUUGAUUUGGUUCUGAAUUUCAAAUGCGCUGAUGACUGUUUCAUGAAGAAGCGGUCAAGGGGCGAUAUAUGUUCCCACUGUGGUCAGCUUUUUGAUGUCAGCAAGUCAGCAUCUAUGAACUGUAGCCCUUGUGUUGGGAGCUAUACAUGGCAUUCUCAGGUAGAGCCUGCAAGUGUUCUAGGCCUCGAAGACUCAAGGUUGGAGAGGAUGCGUACUUAUGCUAAGCAGACCAAGCUACUGGAAGAUUACUACAAGCAACAGAGAAAAAUUGUGGAACUGAAGACAUCGGCUCGCCCUGGGGAAACAUGGCAGGGGCUUGUAGCCGCCCUGCACCUCCAGCAUCUGGAUGCACCCCCAACACCACACAAACUCACCGUGUAAAUAUUAUUCGUGCUACGUCUGAGUAGAGUCUAAGGGUCUGAAUUUCGAUCCUGCCUGCAGCAUAUCUAAUAUCCCUAUGUUUGUGGGUUCUGGCUCCAGAGGGAGUCAGUCGGCUAUGUCAUUUUUUGUUCGUUGUUGUUGUUACUAUAGAUAAAAUGUAAGCGAUUUUGCAGACGCGCUUAUAUGGCUGUAACCGAGAGUUUUGGACUUCCAAGUGCAAGCGUACUCGCUUAUGUGGCUCCAUGGUGCUGAUGUUUUGCACCUGCUUUAUAUUAUCAUGCUCCUUUAGUCCAUUGUGGUUUUGCCCACAUCAUUUCA